UUGGCUGGUUCCCUCCCCACAAGAGACCGUGUGGCUUUCUGCAGUUCUCGGGGUAUCGGCGUAGCUUCCUGCGUGACCAAGAUGUGCGACAAACCAGACCUUUCGGAGGUUGAGACGUUUGAUAAGAAGAAGCUGAAGAAAACAAACACGGAGGAGAAGAAUACGCUUCCUUCCAAGGAGACCAUCGAACAGGAGAAAGAGUGCACCAAGUCGUCGUAGAGGUGGACCGGCGGCAUGAAGCUCUGAUGUCCUUUCUCAGCUGUUUCUCUGAAACAGCUUUUUUUCUUUUCUUUAUUUUUUAUACAACUUACACCUUGAGAAAUGCUGCAGCCCAUCCAUGGCAGCUGCCUCUUUGGGCCUUUCCGGAGCCCUGCAGCAGCUGCCCCAUGCUUUACCCUUCUGGGCUCCGCCACCUCUUCUGCUCCCAGGCUGGAAGGAAAAACAAUCCGCAGAAAAUUUCUGGGGUUUGCACAGCUUGGUUCUCACCCUCUGCCUUUCUUGCCAGAUGGGGCAAUUUCAUCAGUUAAAUCCUAUUUAGUAAAAUUGUUUGUGAUUGUUUUUUCAGCCUUACUUUGAUUUCCUAAACAUGGAGAGAAGAAUCUAUUAAAAAUUUUAAAAUGUAA